UCUAGAAACUUGGGAAAGCAUUGGUUUUGUUUUUGGGUGUGCCCGUGAGGGUGUUUCCAGAGGAGAUGAGCUUAGGAGUCUGAGUGGAUCAGGUGGGGAAGAUCCACCCUCAGUGUUGGGGGCAUCAUUCAAGAGCCUUCGGUCCUGGAGAGGACAGAGAAAAAGCAAAUGUGUCCACCUGCCUGCUGGAGCUGGGAUGCAGUUUUCCUCUCCUCUCCUUGACAGCAGCACUCCAGGCUUGCUGGCCUUUGGUCUCCAGGACUUGUCCCAGCAGUCCCUCGGACUGAGAAUUACAUCAGCUCCACUGGCUCUUCAGACUUGGACUGUGCCACACUGCCAGGCUCCUAGGGUUCUGGUUUGCAGACGGCCUGUUGUGGGACAGUCUCCCUAAUUGUAGGGAAAGCAACCAUGGAAGACCUAGGGGAAAACACCACGGUUUUAUCCACCCUGAGAUCUUUGAACAACUUCAUCUCUCAGUGUGUGGGGGGAGGAUCUGGACUGGAUAUUCCCACCUCGGCCCCAGGUUCUCUGCAGAUGCAGUACCAGCAGAGCAUGCAGUUGGAGGAAAGAGCAGAGCAGAUCCGUUCCAAGUCCCACCUCAUCCAGAUAGAGUGGGAGAAGAUGCAGAUGGAGCUGAGUCACAAGAGGGCUCGAGUGGAGCUGGAGAGAGUGGCCAGCACCAGUGCCAGGAACUACGAGCGCGAGGUUGACCGCAACCAGGAGCUCCUGACGCGCAUCUGGCAGCUUCAGGAGCGUGAGGCCGGGGCGGAGGAGAAGAUGCAGGAGCAGCUGGAGCGCAGCAGGCAGUGUCAGCAGAGCCUGGACGCUACCAACAAGAGGCUGCGUGAGAAAGAGGACAGCCUGGCCCAGGCCGGCGAGACCAUCAACACACUGAAGGGGAGGAUCUCGGAACUGCAGUGGAACGUGGUGGAUCAGGAGAUGCGGGUGUAGCGCCUGGAGUCGGAGAAGCAGGAGCUGCAGGAGCAGCUGGACCUGCAGCACAAAAAAUGGCAGGAAGCCAGUCAGAAAAUCCAGGAACUCCAGGCCAGCCAAGAAGCGAGAGCAGACCAAGAGCAGCAGAUUAGGACCUGCCAAUGCCCCAGGCCGUGGAGCCCCAGGCCAUUGUGCAGUGGGCACCAGCCGCCAGUCGAAUGCAGAUGCCGCAGGGGAACCCACUGCUGCUGUCCCACAGCCUGCAGGAGCUGCUGGCCAGGGACACUGUGCAGGUGGAGCUCAUUCCGGAGAAGAAGGGCCUCUUCCUGAAGCAUGUGGAAUAUG